UUUUGCCUGAGCUCCUGCAAUCAGAACAAUGCGCAGAGCAGGGCAGAGAGUCUGUAGAGAAGAGUGAUAUUGCACGCAGUCUUUUUUAAUGUUGUGGUGCUGCUUUCGCAUUUUUUUUCCAAUGCACAGACUGUAACAAAAAUGUGGAUACCUACAGAACACGAAAAAUACGGAGUUGCCCUGGCCACUUUUCGAGGGACAGUGCAGCACAGCUUAUCACUGGAGAUUGGGGACACAGUGCAGAUACUGGAGAAAUGUGAAGGCUGGUACAGAGGAUUUGCUUUAAAGAAUCCAAAUGCCAAGGGAAUUUUUCCAUCAAGCUAUAUUCACCUGAAAAAUGCAAGUAUUAAGAACAAGGGACAAUUUGAAACAGUCAUUCCAACUGAAGACUCUGUUAUCACAGAGAUGACGUCAACUUUGAGAGACUGGGGCACCAUGUGGAAGCAACUCUAUGUGAGGAAUGAAGGGGAUUUGUUCCACCGGUUGUGGCAUGUAAUGAAUGAGAUUUUAGAUCUGCGCAGGCAGGUCCUCGUUGGACACCUCACUCACGAUCGAAUGAAAGACGUUAAGCAGCACAUCACUGCACGGCUUGACUGGGGAAACGAACAGCUGGGUUUGGAUCUUGUCCCAAGGAAGGAGUUUAGCAUGGUGGAUCCUGACGAAAUCAGUGUUACAGAGCUCUAUAAACUGAUGGAGCACCGACAUCGUAAGAAAGAAACCCCGCUUCCUGCGAGCACACAUCAUUUGUUUGUGCAGAUGAAAAGCCUCAUGUGUUCUAACCUUGGAGAAGAACUGGAAGUUUUCUUUUCUCUCUAUGACAGCAGAGAGAACCGCCCAAUAAGUGAAAGAUUCUUUGUGAGGCUGAAUAAGAAUGGUUUACCAAAAUCUCCAGAGAAAACUGAAAGACAGUGUACUCUUUUUGUAGAUUUGGGGAGCAGUGAUAUACGAAAAGAUGUGUAUAUUACAGUUCACAUUAUAAGAAUAGGGCGAAUGGGGGCAGGGGAGAAGAAGAAUGUGAGCAAUGUGCAGUACAGACGGCCCUUUGGCUGCGCAGUGAUCAGCAUAGCUGACCUCUUAACUACGGACUCUAAAGAUGAUCACAUUUUGAAAGUUUACACGUGCAACACUGAAAGUGAAUGGUAUCAAAUACAUGAAAAUAUAAUUAAGAAAGUCAAUGCUAGAUACAACCUCUCUGGCUCCAAUACUGGUCUUGCAGUUUCUCUUCAGCUGCUUCAUGGAGACAUUGAGCAGAUCAGAAGAGAAUACAUGGUGCUAUUCACCCGUGGUGUGGCCAUAACAAAGAAACUGGGCUUCUCAGACAUUAUAAUGCCAGGGGAGAUGAGGAAUGAUUUGUAUAUCACUUUGGAAAAAGGCGAGUUUGAAAAAGGAGGUAAAAGUGUGGCAAGAAAUGUUGAGAUCACAGUUUAUUUGCUUGAAAGUGAUGGGCAGAUUCUGAAGAACUACGUCUCAUCAGGCUCUGGAGAACCAGCAGGUGAUGAGUAUCACUCAUUUGUGCUUUACCACAACAACGGCCCCAGAUGGGCCGAGCAGAUCAAGCUACCUAUUCCUGUGGACAAGUUUCGGGGUUCGCACGUGCGCUUCGAGUUCAGACACUGCUCCACAAAAGAGAAGGGUGAGAAGAAGCUGUUUGGGUUUUCCUUUGUUCCGCUGAUGCAGGAAGAUGGCAGGACCUUGCCAGACGGCACUCAUGAACUCAUUGUUCACAAGUGUGAGGAAAAUGCAAACCUCCAAGACUCUGCUCGCUACCUCAAGCUGCCUUUUUUAAAAGGAAAUCUCCCAGGAAACAAUCAAGCUGUGAAAACCACUAAGGAGUCCUUCUGGAUCACAUCAUUCCUCUGCUCUACUAAACUCACACAAAACGGUGAUAUGCUUGAUCUUCUUAAGUGGAGAGCUCAUCCUGAGAGGAUCACUGACAGCCUGUCAAAACUAAAGGAGAUUGAUGGUUCAGAAAUAGUCAAGUUUUUACAAGAUACACUGGAUACACUUUUUGGAAUUUUGGAUGAAAAUUCUCAGAGAUACGGGUUGAAGGUUUUUGAUUGCUUAGUUCAUAUUAUCAAUCUGCUGCAGGACAGCAAAUUUCAACAUUUUAAGCCGGUCAUGGACACUUAUAUUGAGAGUCACUUUGCAGGUGCUCUUUCAUACAGGGACCUAAUUAAGGUUUUAAAAUGGUAUGUGGACCGAAUAAUAGAAGCUGAACAUCAAGAACACAUACAGCAGGUGCUUAAGGCUACAGAGUACAUCUUUAAAUACAUCAUUCAGUCUCGCCGCCUCUUUGCCCUUGCCACGGGUGGUCAGAAUGAGGAGGAGUUCCGUUGCUGUAUUCAUGAGCUCUUCAUGUCCAUUCGAUUCUUUCUGUCCCGAGAAGGCAAGAUGACAACACCCAUUACUCAGACUCAGGCGGUUUUCCUGAAAACCUUUCCUGCUGUGUACGGCGAGCUGCUGAAGAUCUUUAGCGUUCGGGAAGUGGCAAACUUUGUGCGAGAAACGCUCGGCAGUUUGCCAGUGAUCACACAUGCAGAUUGUCCCUUGGAAGCUGUUAAACUGCAAUGCAUUGCAAAAACAGUGGAGAGCCAGCUGUACACCAACCCUGAUUCCCGCUGCAUCCUGCUGCCAGUGGUCCUGCACCAUCUACAGAUGCAUCUGCAGGAGCAAAAAGACCUCGUCAUGUGCGCCCGAAUACUUAGCAGCAUGUUUUCUCUCAUCAAAAAAGACACCACAGAGGUUAUAAUCUCUGAAGAAGUAGAUCUGAUUGUGGAAAGUCUGUUGGGUGUAUUGCUCAGAACCAUAUUAGAAAUCACCAACCGGCCACAGCCAGCUGGAACUGCCCUGCGCUUGCAAUUUCAGGAUGUCACGGGUGAGUUUGUGUCUUGUCUGCUGGCUCUACUACGACAAAUGACAGAUAAACACUAUCAACAACUCCUAGAAAGCUUUUCUAACAAAGACGAUCUGAGGGAUUUCCUCUUGCAGAUCUUUACAGUGUUUCGGAUUCUUAUUAGGCCAGAAAUGUUCCCUAAAGACUGGACUGUCAUGCGGUUGGUCACGAACAAUGUAAUCAUCACUACCGUGCUGUACCUCUCGGACGCGCUGCGCAAGAAUUUUCUGAAUGAUCAUUUUGAUUAUAAGGUGUGGGAUUCCUACUUUUACCUCUCUGUGAUUUUUAUAAACCAGCCAUGUCUCCAGCUUGAGAUAUUCUCUCCUUCUAAAAAGAAAAAAGUGUUAGAAAAGUACGGAGACAUGAGAGUGAUGAUGGGAUGCGAGAUCUUUAGCAUGUGGCAGAAUUUAGGGGAGCACAAACUGAAUUUUAUCCCAGCCAUGAUUGGUCCUUUUCUGGAAGUAACGCUGGUGCCUCAGCCUGACCUGCGCAAUGUGAUGAUCCCCAUAUUUCACGACAUGAUGGAUUGGGAGCAGCGAAGGAGUGGCAGUUUUAAACAGGUGGAAGCCAAGCUGAUAGACAAACUGGACAGCUUGAUGUCUGAGGGCAAGGGAGAUGAAACUUACCGUGAGCUUUUCAAUAGCAUAAUACCUCUUUUUGGCCCAUAUCCUAGUUUGCUGAAGAAGAUUGAGAGGGAGACAUGGAGAGAGAGUGGUAUUUCCUUAAUAGCCACAGUCACCAGGUUGAUGGAGAGACUCCUAGAUUACAGGGACUGCAUGAAAGUGGGAGAAGUAGAUGGCAAAAAGAUUGGUUGCACAGUUAGUCUACUGAAUUUUUACAAAACAGAACUGAACAAGGAAGAAAUGUACAUACGCUAUAUACAUAAAUUGUAUGAUCUUCAUUUGAAAGCACAGAACUACACAGAGGCUGCCUACACACUGCUGCUGUAUGACGAGCUUUUGGAGUGGUCUGACAGGCCUCUCAGAGAGUUUCUGAACUACCCUAUGCAAACUGAGUGGCAGAGAAAGGAAUAUCUACACCUCACCAUCAUUCAGAAUUUUGAUAGAGGAAAAUGUUGGGAGAAUGGCAUCAUCCUUUGCAGGGAACUUGCAGAUCAGUAUGAGACCUACUAUGACUACAGGAAUCUUAGCAAAAUGAGGAUGAUGGAGGCUUCACUGUAUGACAAAAUAAUGGAUCAGCAGCGUCUGGAGCCUGAGUUUUUCAGAGUUGGGUUCUAUGGCAAGAAGUUUCCUUUCUUUUUGCGGAACAAAGAGUUUGUUUGCCGUGGACAUGACUAUGAGAGACUGGAGGCUUUCCAGCAACGCAUGCUGAAUGAGUUCCCCCAUGCAAUCGCCAUGCAGCAUGUAAAUCAGCCAGAUGAGACCAUCUUUCAGGCAGAAGCCCAGUAUUUGCAGAUCUAUGCUGUAAGUCCCAUCCCAGAGAGCCAAGAUGUGCUGCAGAGGGAUGGAGUUCCAGACAACAUUAAGAGUUUCUAUAAAGUCAACCACAUCUGGAGAUUCAGAUAUGACAGACCUUUCCAUAAAGGCACAAAGGAUAAGGAAAAUGAAUUUAAGAGCUUGUGGGUCGAGAGAACCACGCUCACUCUCGUGCAGAGCCUCCCUGGCAUCUCACGGUGGUUUGAGGUGGAGAAGCGAGAGCUGAUUGAGAUGAGCCCUUUGGAAAAUGCUAUUGAGGUAAUAGAGAAUAAAAACCUGCAGCUGAGAACACUCAUUAGUCAGUGUCAGGCUCGACAAAUGCAGAAUAUCAACCCCCUCACAAUGUGCCUGAACGGAGUCAUCGAUGCUGCUGUCAAUGGAGGUCUUGCCAGAUACCAAGAGGCAUUCUUUGUAAAGGACUACAUAAUAAAUCAUCCUGAGGAUGGAGAAAAGAUUGGCCGGCUCAGAGAGCUCAUGUUUGAACAGGCACACAUACUGGAAUAUGGGUUGGCUGUGCAUGAAAAAUUUGUUCCUCAGGACAUGCGACCUCUACAUAAAAAGUUGGUUGAUCAGUUUCAUCUGAUGAAAACAAGCUUGGGAAUACAGGAUUUCCCGGCCUAUGUACGUGCAAGCCCUAUUCAUUUCACCAAUGGUAGUCCACGUAUAUGCAGGAAUUCAGUGCCUAACGCCAUAAGCCCAGAUGGUGCUAGAGUCAUAGCAAGGCGCAGCCCCCUAAGCUACCCAGCUGUCAACAGAUACUCUUCAUCGUCACUGUCAUCUCAAGCCUCUAAUGAAGUCAGUAACAUCACUGGACAGUCAGAGAGUUCUGAUGAAGUCUUCAACAUGCAGCCAAGUCCAUCUACCUCAAGCUUAAGUUCGACACAUUCUGCCUCUCCGAAUGUGACCAGUUCUGCACCGUCUAGUGCUAGAGGUUCACCAUUGCUGUCUGACAAGCACAAGCAUUCCAGAGACAACUCCUGCCUUUCUCCCAGAGAGAGGCCCUGCAGUGCCAUUUACCCCAACCCUCAGGAUCCUACACAGAGGAUGCUUCCACAUCAGUCAGGGGAUACAUCUUUACCCCGAAGCGAUCCAAAUCUUUCCACACCAGAGAAAGUUGUGAACCCCACCCCCAGUAGCUGGAGUCUAGACAGUGGUAAAGAAGCUAACACACAAUUUUCAGAAACUGUUGGGAAGUUGGUAUCACCACCAGUACCACCUAGGCCUCCAUACCCAGGAUCCCCUGCAAGGAACAUGAGGUCGGUGUCUCCGGUCCCUACCCCCAGAUCUCCACAAAAGAACUCGGCACAGUCAUUCACACCAUCUCCCACUGAGUGCCAGUCCUCGGGGUUAGUCUCCAACUCUCCCGUCCUGUCAGGAAGCUACAGCAGCGGGAUUUCUUCACUGAGCAGGUGUAGCGUAUCGGAAACAUCUGGCAUCGAAGCCCAGCCAAGUGAGCACAUGCUGACAACGUCAACCUCCAGCGGCUCUGAUGAACUGACGAGAAGGGAAAACAAAACUCCCCCUCCUUACCACGUGUACGAACGAACAAACUCCAGGCGGCCCGUGCCUCUACCUCACAGUCUCUCCGUCCCCGUCAGCUCAGACCCCCCGGCCCUCCCUCCGAAACCCCACCAGCUCCGCUCCGGCAAACUGGACAGUGAGGCCAGGCGAGUGAGCAACGCUGAGCAGGGCCCCAGGCCCAGGCCUCUGCCUAGGAAAGUAUCUCAGCUAUAGCAGCCUUUCUUCUGAAACACGGAUGCGUUUUGCACUCUUCCACUUUCUGGUUUGGUGAAUCCCAAGGUCCUAGAGGAGACGCAGAAGAAUAUUUGCCAGUUAUCAUUGGCAGCAAGAUGUACAGCAGCAUUCAGAAUCUGAAACCAUAGGGAUGGAAACAAUAUACGCAAUUGAGAAUACACUUCCUCUAACAUUUCAUUUUGAUAGAUAUAACAUUCUAAUGUGUACUGGAGAAAAAAAAUAACAGGGUUUUUUUUUGCCUUAAACAUUUAAAUGGCAGUUGUUCUGACAGCAAGCUGGUUGCAGCCAGCCUUGCAAAUCAGUGGAGUCACACAGUUAAAUUACAGUCUAAUAGACAGCUAAAAGGUGCUAGAAGUUUCUUAAAUGUCUUUCAGUAUAACAUAGUGUCUAACAAUCCUCUUGCCUGAAAAUUAGCUAUAAAUUAGCUCUGUGGGGUUUUCCAAGUAUUGUGCCAAAGGAACAUUUAUGCUUUUCUGUAAACUGGAACAUUAGAAUCUAGAAACUGCGAGUGUUCUACUGAAGUACAAUUUACCCUUUACUGUGCUCAGUGAAAUGUGCUUUACCAUAUUGUGUUUGUAAAAGCAAACUUAAACAUUGGCUUUCUGAUUGCAUGAGGCCUGUAUAAAGCAAUAUAAGUACUGUAGUCCUGAAGUGAGGUAUAUUAGAUAAAGCACAAAUGGGUAUUACAGUUAACUACAAGCAGUGUUUUAACAGGAUAGUUACUUAAACAAACAGCCCUGUGAUGGAGCAGUCACUUUCAGACCAAUGUGGACAUUUGCAAUUAUAAAUAAUAAAGAAGUAUGGUUCGUGGUGUUUUAGUUUUUACAAAAUCUAGGCUGCCAAAGCCCAUUGCAGAGAGGGCUUUUUAUUCCUUAAGACUCAAAUUUCAUGCAUUCUAUUUGCGGAGCUUUUUUGAAUUUUAAGCAAUGUUCAGCAACAUGUUUGUAUAGUACAACAUUUUUCAGACUAUUUUUCUUAUCAGUUUGACUCAAAAUAUUCCUGACAGAAUGUACUGUAAAAUGAAACUCAUAUUUUGCAGUAUAAAGAUGGAGAUGGGCUCAGAACCCAGUAUUAGAAAGCAUUUUAUUGUGAGCAGAAUUUUUUUAAAAAUAUCAAUGAACCAUGUAUAUUGAUUGCUUAACUCAGUGACCAGUUUUUCAAUUUUAACUACAACAUUCUUUAUAUGUUUUACUUUUUGUAUGGUUUAGGUUUUUUUUCUUUUUUGUGAAAUUGAGAUGAAAUAUUUACAUGAAUCAGUACUUGUGAAAUUGUAAAUUACAUAAUGAGAUUGUUGUAAGUAUGCCAAAUACUUUAUGUAUUACAAUUCUUGUACAUACAAUGUGUUUUUAACAAAAUGUAGCCAUAUUGAAUUUACAGCUUUGAAUGUUGCAAGAACAAAAUAUAAUUCUAAAUGUUAAAUAUUUAUAUGUUUUAGUGAGUGUAGAAAAAUCAAAGAAAUACUUUUAACUGUACCUAAUGUGUUUACUUGCUUAAUAACCCCUUUUAAAAAUGUUUCGGACAAGUACAAGUUUUGCAUUAAAUAACAUUUAAUUAUUGUACUCCUUGCAGAAGGAACUCUUAAAGUAUUUUUUUUAUAGAGAUAGCAUUAUCAGUUGACAUGAUCAAACAGAUUGUAGAAAAUCUGCUUCUUUUCAAUGGCUGUAAAAGCUGUCAGGUGUACAAUAUUGUUAAGCAUAGUCAGUGUUAUUUUACCACUAAAAGCCAUGUUUUUAUUUGGUGACUGCACACUUUAGGGAUAUAUGAUGUACAUGUUUAAUUUCUGUUGCACAAAUUUGUCUUCAAAAGAAAUGCUUAAUUGGACAUAAAAAUCUAAUUUAAAAGUACAAAGCAAAAAUAAAAUUAACCCCUAUAAUUAAAAGCUUGUAGAAAUUGUACGUUAUUUCACCGUUACAUUGUCAAGGAGAACUGCAUGCAAAAGCAACAGAUAUUUUGACUAUAGAUGGAUAAAAAUACAAUUCAUCCAUCCAUUAACUAACUGCUUUAUUUAGUACAGGGUCGUGAGAGAUUCUUUUCCGGCAAACAACAGGUGCAAGGCAGGAUACACCUUGGACAUCAGUCAACAUGGCAAUAAAUCAUACAGUUUUUAGAAAACACAAAACAAAUUAUCAUUCAUCAAAGAUAAAGCUUAGUGCAUCUUCUUUAGAAUAUAACGUGGAGAAAAAUAUGGAAAGACUAUUCCAAAGUUGGUUUAUAAGGAGGUUUAAUGGUCACCAAAUGCAGACAGUAUGGUCUUUAGGAACUGUAGUAUAAAGUAUACCAAUGUCUGGAAUUUUGCAGGAUGGAUACAGCAUCAUUCUUCCUCGUGACAGUCCAUUAAAUUGGCUGAAAACACUCUGGCAUUCUUCCAGAAUAUCAAAUGCUCAAUGGCAAUGUUUUGUUUCUGGUGCUUGUUUCAAACUAAUAUAAUAAAUUCCUCUGUGAUUUUAA